AUGAAAGAACCAACCAGCGGCAGAAGUCCGGCAUCUCAAGUGCUUACUGCCAAGGCGCUGGACUCGACACCACAACCCCCGAAAGACGGCCCCAAAGUCAAAGUCAAACGGCUUGACUCGCUCUUUCUGAUCUCGUACUCUGACGCGUCUGCGAGGUCCCCUGCUACCUUGUUAGCGGUUCAUGACUUCCGAGUCUCCUUGUACAUCGAUAUCCCCACAAUUGACUACUACAACGACCAGCUCAGACACAACGUGAUUUCGAGGAUCAACAAGAAGUUCAAAGUUCACAAGCUCAAGGAACAGAUAUUCGCUAGUAUCACCAACUUCGAUGAGCGCACCUGGGACCUAAUCCUGAACAAUGGAUAUCCGCAAAGUCCUGUACAGUUUAACUUUUCAGUAUCCUCUAGCGGCUCCUUAAGAUACGUUGAAACCAUCAAGUUUCUUGUUGAAUCUUGUUGGGACAAGAUCAAGUCCUCAUCUGACCGCGUGCAUGCCGUGUUCAAACUUCAGGUUUCUCCGACAUCUCUCAUCUGGUUCAAAACAUUCUUGAAUAAGGACCUCUUUGCUUGUGCUGCUGUCCAAUUUGAAGUUAUCGGCAACUACAACAUGAUUUCAUCAUCUACCACGCCUUUCAAAGAGUAUUACGCGAAACUAAACGACAAGUUUACCAAGAAGACCAGUUCCACAGAUUUCGAUUCCAUAAUCGUAGUCACAAAUAGUACAGGUGUAAAGGCCCUUCUGACCAUAUUGUCAGAUAAGCCUCUUACAAGCUACUUGUCGAAGGAUUCUUUAGAAGCCUUGCACAGCAACGCUCUGCUAAAACAACCCUCGAAGCCCAUCGCUGCUGAAAACGCAGAUAGCGACGACGAAACACCGCUAAAAAGGGAUUCUUCGUCCUUGCUCAGUUUUCAAAACUCUCUAAUCACAUCUAACAAGGACAAGUCUGUGAAAGUGCGAACGCCCUUUAUUGGACGUGUUCCAUACAACAGGCGGGCCGACGCAAAGAACACGUUCCAGUUUGCCACAGAUAACCCCAGUACGGACGAGGAUUCUGAAACACAGCCUUUAGAGACGUUGGAACCAUUCGAUGAUUCAGAUUUGGAUGAGGAAGAGGAUGAUGAGGGCGACGACGAUGAAGAUGAGGAUGGUCUUAGCUUUUCUGUACCCAGCAGACUUUCUCGAUGCGGGUCAGAAACCGACUGCGCAUCUCAGACGCCUCAGGAAGGCUCAACGUCACGAAGAUUUAGAUCAUUGAGUUUGAUGGAUCCCGCGCUGCAGGCGCCAUUUGCUCAACGAAGCGAGCCGAGUGGAUCGCGCGUGCCGUCAUCUAUCGAGAAUUUUGGAGACGAGACGUGCGCUCCAACCGCUAAAUUACUAAAUCAGGGCCCAACAAACAUUUAUGUUCACGACGGCCAAUUCGGAGAGGGCCCCGCCCCAGGACCUAUUAGGAGACCUAGACGUAUGCCUCGUACAAAAUCGGCCAAUAAUGUUAGUAUUGGGCUGAUCCCGCCAGAGUUUUUUUCACGUAUUUCUUCGCCCUCUUCCAGCAACAGCAGUUCUAAUACCUCCCUGACAAACUUGAACAUCUUGCCAGGUACUUUUUCAAAGCUCUUGGAACCCUCUGGAGACGGCGGCGAUGAGGAAAGCCAAUCUCUCUUCAAGAGAAGUUUGAUUGACAAAUCAUUCAAGGAGGUUAAAAAGCAGCCAUCAUUCCACUUCGGCUCCAAUCCGCUAGCUGCCCACGAUCUGAACAGAUUUGCCUUGAACUUUAGGCCAAGCAAAACAAUACCGAUCAGCGCUAAGGUUCUAGACGACGAGGACAGGCUAAUGUCAGGCCAAAGCAACUUUAACGAGCAGACCUCGGACGAGGAGGCCAGAUCUAAUGCAGACUCUACAUCUACCUUGGUGCGGCCAGGUAGCUUGAAAUCUAAUUCCUCUGCCAAUUCACCUGGUCUUCAAAAUCUUAAGCUGCAGAUAUAUGGCGAUAACGAGAACCCGUCUGGCAAUGAGAAUGGAGCACAAGAAAAAGGACCAGAACCCGCUAAGCCAAAGCCUGCGUACAAAAAGCCUAAAUUUACCUUAGAUCUGUACAACGAUGACGAGGUUCAAUCUUCGGGUGGCUGGCUUUUGGGCGGGAACGCUAAAUAA